UUAUGUAGUAAUCUAGUUUACAUUUUUUUUGGUUUAAAAAUUUUUUAACCAAAGCCAUUUCCGACCCUGUGCCGGAACACGGAGAGUCGGAGGGCAAAGCUGAGGUAGGAGUAGCGGAAGUGGGCAACAACCACAAGGCAGGAAGAGGAGGGAGGAGCUGCUCGAGAAUGGAACUUCAACGAACAUAUUGCUUGGAGGGAGUGUUAGAGGACUAAACGUCUGCAAGCUGGGCUGAGGGCGGAGCAGCCAAAGCUUGGAAUAGCGAGGGUGGAGCUCAGCCCCCUAAACAAUCGUGGCUUGGAAAGCAAACAUCGCGCUAUUUCGGGCGAAGCGGCCGGGAAGCAAAAGGUGCUCGUCGCGAGGAUACGUGACUUGGUCUCUUAAGUUGAGACUUGGGGAUGCAGGUCUUUUGCUCCCAUGACUUCCGGUGCGCCUGCGCACCUUUCUCCAGAAUAGUUGUGGCGGUUUAUUGAGCUGAGGCUUCUAAAGUGAAAUGGUUUCGGCUACAGUGGCUGGGGUGGCUCGCAGGACUUGGGACUGCGCACAGCCCAAGAUUUGGGCUCCCCUAGAGGCGGGUGGAUGGGCGAGGCCCAAAAAGAGACGACGACAGCAGAGGGCCUACGUGAAGCCUCCAGACGGAGGUGAUGACCACCCGCCUGCCCCGGGGCGCGGCGCUGAGUGGAGCGAGGCCCUUUUGGACCUCUGUCGGAGGAGACAUUUCUUAGUGGGGACCCAGCAGCCGCUCGGGAGGGAGUCUCUCCGGAGCGGCCACCACCCCGACUUCGGUCCCCUUGGCGUGGGACUCAGGAGGAACCUGGUUUCGCAGUGGUGGUCCUCUGUGGCGACGUUUAGGGAGCAUAUCUUCCCGCUGGACACCCCACACCACGAACCGUGGCCUGCCAGCCUUGGGGGCCGAGGCUUCUGCCUGGCCCCUGCUGACGCUCUCCGGGCAGUCUUGCAAGAUGAAGCAUUAAGUAAGGAGCAGCUGGUCGCCUCUCUGGAAAGCAUAUUAAAAACUUCUGGGACGCUACGGGAGAACCUCUAUCACGGUGCUUUGAAACACUAUGUUAAUUGCUUGGAUCUGGUAAACAAGAGACUGCCAUAUGGACUUGCUCAGAUUGGAGUGUGUUUUCAAGAUGUUCAUGAUAAUGGACAGACAUAUGAUUCCAUUAAAAGACUAGGUGAAAAGACCAUGUCUUCCCUGGUGUGGUUUACCACUGCAAGAACUGCAGGCCAGUGGCUUGAUUUCUGGUUGCGACAUCGACUUCUGUGGUGGAGAAAGUUUGCAGUAAAUCCAUCCAAUUUCAGCAGCGGUGACUGUCAAAAUGAAGAGGGACGUAAAGGAAGCAAGCUGUUCUACAAUUUUCCCUGGGGAAAAGAGCCAGUAGAAACACUCUGGAAUCUUGGAGACCAUGAACUUUUGCAGUUGCAUUCUGAAGACAAAUCUAAAUUACAUGGUCGAGAUGGAAGAAAAAACGUUGUUCCUCAAGUACUUUCUAUGAGUGGAGAUCUGGACCAGGGAGUGUUAGCUUAUCUCUACGAUUCCCUUCAGCUAACAGAUAAAUCCUUUAUAGGAAAGAAGGAUCUUCAGAGAAAGGUACUUAAACUUCACCCUUGCUUAGCUCCAAUCAAGGUGGCUUUGGAUAUGGGAAGAGGUCCAACAAUGGAGUUGAGACAGGUUUGUCAAGGACUGUUUAAUGAAUUACUAGAAUGUGGAAUUUCUGUAUGGCCUGGGUAUUUGGAAACCAUGCAGUCCUCGAUGGAACAGCUUUAUUCAAAAUAUGAUGAAAUGAGUAUACUCUUUACUCUUUUGAUAACUGAAACCACUUUGGAGAAUGGAUUAAUACAUCUGAGAAGUAGAGACACCACAAUGAAAGAAUUGAUGCAUAUAUCUAAAGUAAAGGACUUUUUAAUCAUGUAUAUUACAGCUGCCAAAAAUGUAUAGAUAUUAGUUGUUUAAUAAAUAUUUUUUGUCAUUUGAA